UGUAAGUGAAAAUAAUAGGCAUGCCAAACAACAAUUAUAAUAUGUUUAUGUACCCAGGUAUAUUUUUAAAAUCUCGCCUAGUUACUCUGAAACAAAUUAGCAUUCACAAAUUGGAUUGGAGUUCAUUGCGAGGGGUCGCUGCUGGGAUUUCCAAUGUCAGUUAAAUAUCGGUGAACUUGGGGGCAGUGCCAGUAACAGAACGCUAAGAACCCACUGCUCGUCGAGUUGAAAAUUCAGCGCAGAAAAAUAGCAUAGUUCACGAGUUGUUUUGGGAUCCUGACCUCUGUGCGAAGCGAACGUGAUUGGAGGCCGUUGAACCGCAACGGCGUUAGCAGUUGAGAUAUUAACCCUACUCCCCGUGAAAGAAAGUCCAUGUACCACCGGGUUUUAAGAUCAGCACAUGGGGCGCCUUUACAUCACUAGCAGGAGAUCCAAAAAACGAACACGUGGUUCUACUCUGUCUUCAAAUCUGAAACCAUUCAGAUUGCUGUAGCAAUUACCAACCGAGAGCGCACGUUAAUAAGGGAAUACAGGAAUCUCCCUGUAGAGCCACCACUCUGUGCUCCAGAGAGCAUCAAGACGUAUGUGAUAAGAUGAUGUAUCUUUAUGUACUAUGAAACGACAUCGCAGGGAGACUUCUUCGACAGCACGCUGCUUAUAAGCGUAGUUCUCCUAAAGGAUCUACAUAAUAUACUGGCAACAGGAACGGAUGAUUUUUUUGUCAUUUGCAUCGCAGCGAUAAGGCUUUGAUAUUUGUUUGAUUGCAAAUUGUCAGAAGUAAUUGGCUUCCCGAUCCCAAAAACUGUCAAUCGAAUUACGAGAAAGACACUGAAACUAAUUAGUUUAUGAACCAUUUAUUCAGGGAGAGAUAUGGCAGCGGAGGCAACGACAUCUAUGGUUAAUUAUGCCAUAGUUUUAAACACUACGGUGCUCGCCCCAAUGUUUAGUACGGAGAACGAUACCGCUAUGGAAAGGAACAAAACAGGAUUCGACGAGACAGCCUUAAACAAAUGGUUCUAUCCAACCAUGGCAGUAGUUACUUUCAUUGGGAUGGUAUUCAACUUCGUUUCUAUUCUUGCCUUGUGGCUUAUUCCUCACAAACCAUGGAGGCCGUUUCAUUAUUUUUUGAUGUACUUGGCAAUCUCUGACUGGCUUUUGCUAUUUAUCUGUUUUGUAGGCGCAACCACAGCGACCGUCAUGUUCCAGUCUGCGGUCGAUUUUCAACUGAGCGACGAGCAACUGUGUGCGGGAAACACUCUCUCAGACUUGUCCUGCUACCUCAUUAUUCCGCCUUUUUUGGCCACGACCGGACUUGUAAUAAAUCAGUAUCUGUCGGUCAGUCACGCGCUGCGGUACUCCUCAAUGGUCACUAACCGUCGGGCUUUGAUCUCCAUUAUACUGUCUUGCGUUCUGGUGGUGUGCACGUAUUUUAUAAUGCACGGGAUCGCCCUAGCGCAGAGUGUUACAACAUGCGACGACCAUUACAAGAGGUAUAUUUUGUACAGAGAAUACUAUCUUGCCAUAACCACCAUAGUGCUAUCCGUGGUCAACGUUGCCAUCUAUAUCAUGAUCUACGCUCAGGCUAGAAAAGUUAGCAAAUAUGGCGAUCAUUGCCUCCCCGCCGGGGAACGCUCACACCAUGACCGGCUUACAACAACGAUUGCAAUCCUUCUUGCAACGAUAAUUCUCUUCUGGACUCCUGGAACAUUGGCCAGCAUAUUUGCCAUAGUCAAUCAUGAAAAUUCGGAUUUAGUAUUCACUUUACUGCAGAUUAUCACCAACAUUAUGUUCUUCCUAAACUCAAUCUCAGACCCGCUGAUUUAUGGUAUACGACUGAAAGAAGUACGGCACGGGUACGGGAUACUCUUUACAAAACUGAAAAAGUUGUGCAACUGCCACAAGGAAACACAGGACGACAACGGUUAUGUUCUAACACGCAUGCGGUCUGUAGACCACGGUAGGAAUGGAUCUACGUGCAAGCGGCUUACCACCAGUGACAUCGUCACAGAUGACAGUGACGAGCACAAGAAGAAUGGAGAGCAUAAAACUGCUAUGGUCUUGAAUGAGACUAUUACUGAGCCUACCGAAGAAACUAAACUAACCAUGUGAUGACGUCACGUUGUGAUGCUCCACCAUGUGAUGACGCAAUCAAAUGACAUCAUCUUGAAAUGAUAAUGUCAAAAUGUAAUGCAGAAAACCAUGACGCCAGAGCUUGCCUCGUGUUAUGUUUGCUGAAACGUGUCUAUAGUUUUGUGGUAAAUAUUAGAAUGUUGUUACAGGUAGCUGUUACAUUUAUUUUGAACAAAGUCAACACGAACUUUGUGGACUAAAUGCUCAACUUUGAAUAGCUUGCGUACAGUGCAUAGGUGUUAACAUAGUGCAUAGGUAUGAGAAAUUUUAUGAAGAUUUCACGACGAUUGGGAGGCUCAUAUUGAACCUCCUAUAAGCUUACAUAUUCAACAAGCUCAAAGUGUAAAUUUAGUCGAUAGGAUAACGAAAUAGUACAUGUGAAAUCUGGUAUAAAGUAGUAGUGGUCUUUGUGAUAUUGUUUAUAUAUAUUUAGAGUAUUACAGCGGGAACGGUGAUGCUUUUAUCUGGAAAAUAAGUCAUUAAUGAUAAAUUUAAUAUAUAUAAAUGCAAUCUGUGGCGAAUCAGGUAAAACUCAUCUUACAAAACGCCUUUCGGUAGUAUGUGUAUCUCAGAAAAGGAAAACCCUGUACUUCAUCAAAUUUUCAUUGUUACAAAGUAGGGGUUGCGGAUAAUAACUUCAUAACUUAAAAGCUGUACAAAGUGACGGAUUCGCCGCCAUGAUACUCUACAAGCAAAAUAACUGCAAGGUAUAUUCAUAGCAUUACCACACUGCAGAUUUCUACGUCAAACGUGUGGGUUAGUGUACUUAAGCCACCACGGUCAUCGUAAGUGCCAAGGAAUAUUAGCGUUCUUGGUGACACCUGCGCGCGUCACGAAAACUUAUCUUAAGAUGCUUUGCGACUGGAUCUAAGUUAAACCCAUUUUGAUUCUAAAGCCCAUGAGUGACAUAUCACAGCGAAGGGCGGCUUGAGAGAAAAAACCACAAAUGUUUAAUUUUUAUUAAAAAUAUAAAGUACUUGCUCGGAAAAAUACUGAGGUAGAAUUUUGGCUGGUAGGAGUAAGCACAAAAAAUAAUAAUAAGUUUCUCCUACGCUCAUUCUAAGAUGAAGAUUUCUUACAUGCACUUCGUUCAAAGUUAAUUCAUUUAUCUUUUUGUGUGUGUGAAAAUUCUGUACAAAUUACGUGAAUGAACUCUGGUUCAGCAUUUUAUCCAUUUUAAAAGAUAUUACUGAUUUUUACCUAAAUUCUAGGCUUAAGAUUGGACAUCGUCAGACUUAUAUCAGAUUCGAAACAGUUUUAACUUCUAAUCCAACUAAGAAACCACUGCUCAAUGUGUUGUAUUCAUCACUACUAUAUAACAUAUUACUGUUUUAUGUAUUUUAGGUUGAUUGUUUUUUAUGACCAGGUUCACGGAGUUGAGAAAAUAGUUUUACCAUGUACAAUUCAAAAAUUGGUUUGUUGGAGUAAAUAAGAAAUUAUGAAUAUACAUUGUUUUUUUUUCAUGCUAUGUUUAUUGAAUUAUCGACAUU